ACACGCGCAGGAAGAAGCAGCGCGAGAGUGUUCUCGAGCGCUCAGCUGAGAGAGCUCGAGCGAGUUAGUUGAGCUGAUAGAGUUUGUCCGUCGCCGUCAGGAGGAAACAAACCAGGGGGGCUUAAACGUCCUCGACAUGACGACAAAAACCUCCCCUGACCGAAACGGAUAUCCUUAACUCUACGCUGGACCCUGUUCGGUUCCCGUGGAUGGCUUAGUAUGCGAGUUGUGCGCAGUUGAAAUGAGGGAGCUUGUAUUUUUUUCUCCCUCGUCGUCCAGCGAGAGGACAAGAUGGCAGCGCGAGCGCGUCGAGCAUGCAGUGGGUGCGAAUUAAACCCCAACAUGUUCACUAAAGAUACGCGUUUCGACCACGGCUGCUGUCUGUGAAGGUAUGGCCUCACAGGUUACGGUCUACCCACCACAUGUUUAUCAACCCCAGACAAGUGCCUUUUGCAGAGUGAAGAAAAUCGAUCCCAUCGGCUGUGUUUACCAUGAGAAGUUCCCUCGCACUUACGUGAUCGGUGUGAAUCUAGGCAUUGCGCACCCUACGGAUAUUAUACCUUUAUCGAGAUUCGAAGCUUUGACUAGCGAGAAACCGUGCGCCGCGCAGGACUACUCAAUACAGACUGAAUCAGCUCCACAGGAGCUCCUCAGAAGGGCUUCCUCGCCAUACAAGCGUGUGGCGUCGGAGGGUGACCUUCAGUAUUUCGCCAGAGCGGCCGGGGCAGUUGAAGAAAGUGGAGACAGUGUCCAAAACAGCCAAAGUAGUAGUAAAAGUGGCGGCGCUCCAGAAAGGUCUGAGAGAAACGGUGGUUUGAAUUUGGUCGACGGCACCAAACGAUGUGGGUUUAAAUGCAAAGGGGAGGAGCUUGAGAACGGCAAGAGCAUCAUGCAGAUAGUAGAGGAGCAUUCGACUCUACCUGCCAUGUUGCAAACAAACGUCGGGAGCACGAACGCAGUAGGCGUUGCCCCGACCGAGCAGAACAGAACCGGGACGGGAGCCGUGAGCGGGACAGGUGACGGCGACUAUCAGUUGGUCCAACACGAAGUGCUGUGCUCCAUGAAGCACACCUAUGAAGUGUUGGAGUUCUUGGGUCGUGGUACGUUCGGUCAGGUGGUCAAAUGUUGGAAACGAGGCACCAAUGAGAUUGUGGCGGUGAAGAUACUGAAGAACCACCCAUCAUAUGCCCGUCAGGGCCAGAUCGAGGUGAGCAUUCUGGCCCGACUUAGCGGGGAGAACGCAGAGGAGCAUAACCUGGUGCGAGCUUUUGAGUGUUUCCAGCAUAGAAGCCACACCUGUCUGGUGUUCGAGAUGCUGGAGCAGAACCUGUACGACUUCCUCAAACAAAACAAGUUCAGUCCCUUGCCGCUGAAGGUGAUUAGGCCCGUGCUGCAACAGGUGGCCACGGCGCUGAGGAAGCUCAGAAGCUUGGGCCUGAUCCAUGCCGAUCUUAAACCGGAGAACAUUAUGCUGGUAGAUCCUGUGAGACAACCCUUCCGUGUGAAAGUGAUUGACUUUGGCUCUGCCAGCCACGUCUCCAAAGCUGUGUGUUCGACAUACCUGCAGUCUCGCUACUACAGGGCUCCAGAGAUCAUCCUGGGCUUACCCUUCUGUGAGGCCAUAGACAUGUGGUCACUUGGCUGCGUCAUCGCUGAGCUCUUCCUGGGCUGGCCACUUUAUCCAGGAGCACUGGAGUAUGACCAGAUUCGUUACAUCUCUCAAACUCAAGGGUUACCAGGUGAGCAGCUUCUGAAUGUGGGGACGAAGACGGCCAGAUUCUUCUGCAAGGAGUCCGAUUCACCGUACGCAACCUGGAGAUUGAAGACGACUGAAGAACAUGAGACCGAAACAGGACUGAAGUCCAAGGAGGCGAGGAAGUACAUUUUUAGCUGUCUGGAUGACAUUGGACAUGUGAAUCUUGUGCUUAACAUGGAGGGCUGUGACCAGUUGGCGGAGAAAGCUGACAGGAGAGAAUUCGUGGACCUGCUGAAGAUGAUGCUGAUGAUUGAUGCCGAUCAGAGAAUCGCCCCUUCAGAUGCACUUAAUCACCCUUUUGUCACUAUGCAGCACCUGAUGGAUUUCCCCCAUUGCAACCAUGUCCAGUCCUGUUUCCACAUCAUGGAUGUGUGUCACUCAAGAAGCAUUUACGAUACUCUCAACCGCAACAAAGCACCCCCACUCAUGAAGCCUGUGACUCUUCCAAGUGCUCCAAAUAUCACUGUCGCCUUCAACAAAAUGCCAUCUGUCCACUCUCAGACUCUGCCGCCGUCUGCUCCACCUGUGGUGCAUCCUGGAAUUCCCAUCCAGACAGGAAGUUCCCAGUUUGGGUGUAACGACUCCUUUCAGCAGGCGCUCAUUCUAUGCCCUCCUGCUCUUCAAGGAAUCCCUUCAAACCCAAAUCAGCCGGGAGGAUAUUCGGUUAGAAUGGAGAACACUCUUCCUCUGGUGACCCAAGCCCCAGCUAUUCAGCCCUUACCCAUGAGACCAGGAGUUAUAGCACAACAGCCGUGGUCCAACAGAACUCCACAGAUCCUAGUGCCAGCUUGGCAGCAGGUCCCACCACCUGCUACGAGCUUGGCAUCCGAUACUGUCGUUGGACCGCAGAGGAGAGGAGACUGGGGGAAAGUGCGGCCACACAGCAGCCAUUACAGUUCGGUGAUGACCCAGGCUAUUGUUCCCAGCCAAAUGGCUGUGUCAGCCCAUCAGCCUAUAAACAUUGGCAUCGCUCAUGUGGUCUGGCCUCAGCCUGCAUCUAACAAGAGGAACAAACCCAGCCAGAACAGGAGUAUGAAUGUCUCGCACUACACGGACACACAGCCCUCAGUGUGUCCGUCACCAAAGAUGGCGAACAGGAUGGCGAGUGCGGAGCAACAGCAGAGUUCUCCUGACAGAGCAGUGCAGGCCCAAGUGAAGCAGGAACCGGAGCAGGUGGAGGAAGAGGGCUGCUAUAAGACAGCAGUGGCCAAUCAGCAACGAGAGUCUAUCAUCAUCAGAGAGUCGCCCAGUCCGGUGGUUAGCGUUAUUAGUAUAAGCAGCAGCACAGAUGAAGAGGAACAAGCACAGAGGUGCUCUCUUAAUAAGUGUAAGGGCAGUCCAGAGUGUGAAGCAUGCACAGGCUCUCUGAACAUGGAGCGAGUGUGUUCCCUCAGCAGUCCUGAUAGCAGUCUCAGCACCAGCUCCUCAGCCUCGGCACAAUCCAGCCCUUCUCCAUGCAAAAGACCCAGCAGUAUAUCAGAAGAUGACGGCCAUGAAAGUGGGUGUGAAACAGUAGACGGCUCGCCCCCUUCAGACUCCUCCUUAGGGCCCCACGACAGCCCCUUCCCCGAAAGACAUUUCCUGACCAAUCAGAACCAGAACCAGGAACCCCAGGCCAGACGUGGACACCCUGACACAAGGCUGAAUAAACCUGCGGUGAGGACCGUGGUGGUGCCGCCCAUGAGAGUGCUGAACAAUAACCAUCAUCCCAACAGUGAGCACCACACAGUCUUCGAAUCCUCCUGCCAGUCCAGAGGUCGCUGCGGCCCAGGACGACUGAGCCACCUUUCCACGCCCACGCUGCCCCGCCAGCAGAAACUGAGCUCUUCAUUCCAGCCACAGCCGCUAGGCUUUGGCCAGGUCCAGCAUUACGGCUCUUGCCACAAGGAGUGGAACGGCAACUACCGGCAGCCGCGCAGACCGCAGGCCUUCAUCCCACCCACGGUGCACGGCCACACCUUCCCGCUUCCCCAUGGCAGCCCCACACACUCGGCCGGCCACCCACCACCUCCCGCCCUCCUCUCCUAUCCACCUUCCGCGCCCGUGGCCCACCUCUUGCCUUCACCGUGCCCACCACCGGGCCCUCGGCCCGUCUUGCAGCCUGCCUACAGCCUGGUGCACCACCAGGGCAUCAGCGUAGGCAUCAACCACAGGCUGCUGCCCUCCCCCACCCUGCUUCCGCAGGGCCAGUUCAAAGCCCUCUUUCACCCGCACUCCUAUGUGGCGUCGCCCGUCUACGCAGGCUUCCCCCUCAGCCCCAGCAAACUCAGUCAGUACCCAUACAUCUGAGCUGGAGCCCGCGGCAGCCACGCGCACGCAGCCGGCACUGAGCCGCGACAUCUUUCUUUUCAUUUCCUUUCCUUAUAAAGUUUGAUGAUGAUGCAAAUCAAGCUUUACAGAUAUCAUGGAGAAUAAAACAAACAAAUGGAUGCGUGAGCGAGUGUGUGGAUUGAACACAACUCACUUUUAAUGUGUUUUUGCACAUUUGAUACAACAAAAUCCCUAGUCGUGAAACCCUCGGCAGAGGGCCGCAGCAGUUCCCCUAGGCUAUUUUUCGAUAUUGCCUUCUGACGUGUGUAAUAGACACAGUGACUCUCGUUCAAGCCAUCCCUGUCUCCAGUGUGCGUGCGAGUCCCCCUUGUGGUGACCCGGUGUUACCUGUCUGUAUUUUUCCGUAGUAGCCCCAUGCUCUUCAGUGUUAAGUCUCUCUCUUUUAGACCGGUGUUGAAAAGGUUCUGUCACACUGCAUGUCUCUGCAUGGGCAAAAACCAAUGUUGGACUUCAAAAAGGGGGAGGGGGCUUUUCACCCUCUGUGUAUAUGUUGUAAGACUUGCUGCAUUGAAUCCUUGGGGUUCAAUAAACAGUGCCUUAAAAUACAUGUUGUUGCAAGUUACCCCGAGUCCUACGUGCAGUCAUGCGUGUACCGGACUGCAGCACUUGAAACAUUUUCAAUCGUUAUUUGUGAUUUUUAUAUUAGGGCUGUUUCAUAGAUCUUUUAGUUUUGUUUUGUUUUUCGAGCUUGGUGCAUUUGUGUAUUCGUUGACUUGCAUAAUCUCUACUUCGGUGUCAUUUAUCAUUAUUUAAUUAAUCUCUUAGGCUCUCGACAGGAGUUUUUGUUCGGAAAGCGGCUUGGGUGUCCAACCAAACACGCCCUAAUGGGUCUCAUGUUUAAAACCGUCAAAAUCUCACCUGAUUGGCUAUUUACGCCUGCCGAAUGCAUGAUCAGGCUCAUGAUUUGACCUUUUGUACAGGGCGAAAUGUGUUGUUUAACGCCUUAGAUGAUUUGCGCAUUAUUCUGAAGCGAUAGUCCUUUUGCGUGUGGUAUUUACAGGUGGAUGUAUUACGCUGAGUGGUAGCAGAGUUCGAUUUUUCGAGUAUAACGUGCUUCGCCGUAGCAGAGGCCGAUGAACUAUGUAUAGAAACGUUUGAGUACUUUCAUAUUUGAUAAUCUGUUUCUAAUCUAAUAGUAUUUACACUGUUUAAUGAAACUGCAAUACAAUCCAUAGUUUUCGGGGUGUGUUUUUCGUUUUCUUUCCAUCAGUUCUAUGUUAAUUUUUAGAGUUAGAAGUGUUAUCGGUGUUGGACUUGUAUCAGCAGAUAGCUCUUUGAUGAUGUUGUAUGGUUUCAUGUUUGCUUUGUGCAGAAUUAUUCAGUAUUGAGUAUCCAACUGUAAAGUCUAUCAUUGCUGGAGUAUUCAGUGCUUUAUAAGACGAGAGUUGAUCGUGUGCAAUUUUCUUUAUAGAUGCAUGUGAAAAGAUUGGAUUUUGUAUGCCCUCUCUCACCAUUUAAUUGCUUUUUUUGACGCUGGCUGUUUUUAUUUCAUACAUUCCGUCAGGGAGAAAUAGCUUUUUUUUUCUGUGUGAAUUUCUUUUCUUUUCUUUUUUAGAUUUGAGUUUUUCAUUAGGUGCAUUCUUUCAUAAUGAUGCUUUCGCUACACCAAAGACAGUAAUUCUUUUCUUAAGCAGAGUAGCUACUGUUUUAGCGUAGACCUCGAACGUAGUGUAGUUGAGGCCGUAUUUAACAGAAAAAUCUAUGUAAAAAUGUUGAGGUUGAUGUUUAGCUUUUUCGGGCAAGUUAUGACUGUUUCAUUUAUUCUUGAAUGUAUCAUAGAUAAGCUGCUAUAUACUGAUUGCCACUUCAUAAUAGCUGUGAAAUUAGAUGAUUAACUUUGUUCUUAGCCUUCUUAUUUUUAUAUAUGUCUAAUUACCUUGAAAUAGAAGUGAGAUGAUUUUUUUUUUCCGUUUGUUUGUUAGUUUGUUUUGGGUUUUACCGUACUGACUGGCAUCAGAAGCAUUUUAAUGCCUCUCUCUGUUUUGCUUUCUUUUUUUGAAGUGUCAUUGUAACUACUGUAUUGCAAGUAAUGGAGAUUUGGGUUUUUGUGUGCGUGGGUUUUGUAUUUUACGUUUCGUUUGCAUCAGUGUUUUAUCUGUUGUUAUCUUGGGGCUAAUCUUACGUAUUAGAUGCAUAUUGGUGUAUAUCUAUCUUAGUACGUAUAUUUGCAUUUUGUUAAAGCAUAGCUUGCAGGAUUGAUUUAACUUUUUGUUUUGAUUUGUUUAAAUUCUGUAUUCAAUGACCCACUCAUCUCACCAUUUCAAAAUAUUAAUUUUAGUAAUGCUAUUAGCACUUGAUACGUUUGAUAAGCUAGACAAAAUGUAGGGCUGGGCAAAAAAAAAAAAAAAUCGCAUUUGGGCGUCUCAUCUUAACUACAGUGCUUAGAAUUUUGAUUUGAUUUCAUUUUCCCCCUUAUUAUAAUUUUACAUUGAAAUGCACACAAAAAGGUGUAUCAGGUAUAUUCAUGUAUUAAGAAAUUGAAAAAAACACACCACACGAUACAGAAUGCACGUUUUGCUUAUGUUUUAAGGCGGACUGUUCGCUAACUCUGAAAACCAGGAGUUGUUAGGGCACCCAUUCUCAUUUUGUGGGCGAUUCUAUAUAGGUGUGUUCAUUCUCGCACCGGUCCCUGCUCUUAAAAGCGAGCGACACUGCUUUAGUGCCUUUGAAAUGUGCUUCAGACCUUUAUAUCCCUUUUUCAAACACUGCCUGCCAGCCUCUUCCUCGCUUUCAUGCUUGACCGAGGGAUGAAAGUGUAACUGCAGUGUUUGAUAGUCAUAACUGAAGUGCUGUUACCGACCAGUUGCUCAAAAGUAGAUCGUAAUCCUGUUGGAUGUUGAUAACCUGAUAACCAAUAGCGAGUGUAACUUGAUACUCAUGCAAUGCAGUAAUCACCUGUAAGGUGAAAAAUGGAUGUUUGUUUCUCAAAAUCGUGGAAAGGAAAUCCAAUCAUGCUUGAUUAAUUUAUAUUUUUAUGACCAACAACAGCAGCAAAACAAUAAUGAAAUGAUAUCAGGGAUUGUUGUUAUUAUUAUUAUUAUGCUGACUAAACGCCCAAGACACGGUUUUCUUGUAUUUGGGAAGCUUUACAUGAUACACUGUGAAUGUAAACCACCAUUUGUAAAGUAGAAUGAACAUUGCCCUUUGUUUCACAGGACGUGAUCAGAAUUUAUUGCUUUAGCAUAGCCGACUUCAUGGAGAUACAGUCCAAAAUAUGGUGUUGUACCUCGCAUUAUGACCCUAUAUUUUACAUUUAGCAUGUAGCACUAGAGAAUAGAGAUGAGUACUAAAUUGCUACUCAUGCGCACAUCAUAUGAAUUCUUUUCAUUAAUUGACUGCAAGUAAACAUUCUCGAAAUGUUUUACUUCUAACAAGGUCUACCAACCUAAUAAGAGUGAAACUUGGCGUAAACGUGAAGGACAGAGGGAUCUGCAAACGAAACUAAAGUUGAAAUGUCUUUGAAACUCCCAAACCAAACAGUUUUUGCUUUCUUUGAUUCCUGUUUUUUUUUUCUUUUAGAUCUUCUUGUACAGUUAAUUCAGGGUCCUUGUAUUUGUCAUAUGUGCUACUGUGUAACACUUGCCGUAGGAUUUGGGUUGGAUUGCUUUAGAUCUAUUUUUAACUCCUCUGCAGAUUAUAUUUUAGUAAAAGUUAAAUCUCACUGCAAGUUAUCGGAUAAUAUUUAGACUUAAGAGCAAACAGACUUGAUUGACUAAAUCUGAACUGUUACUGUUUUCAUAUUUGUACAUUUUUUUGUGGCUUUCUGAUUUCUGUUUGCUUUUGAUUUCUAUGCUACAUUAGUUUGCCAUGUAGCCACUGCACUGUGCAAUAUUCACUAUAUGAGGACUGGGAAUCUUUUUUGUUUUGUUUUUUUGAUGUAAUGUCUCUUACAGUUUGCGGUCGUAUUUCUCUCUAGUUCUCAGUGAUUUAUAUGUGACCAAGCCUUAUGUACUUUGUCACAGAAAGCGGGUUUUCCUGGUGACUAUUGGUGAGUGUCAAAUUAAAGAAAUUAUGGUGUAUUGUCAAAAUUCACUUUGAAUUAAAAUAUAUAUUGCUGCGGGCACACAA